AUGCUGACAAAACCUGAAGACAAAAUCAACUGGAAGGAUAGCAACUUGGCUCUUUUCGGGUCGGAUUUAGAGAAGAAAAUUAAAGCUGCGGCCGCAGGCAAAGAGAAAGCGUGGGACGAAUGGCCCGAGCGGAAGUAUGGAAAGUUUCACAAAGGAGACUCAUAUAUCGUCUUGAAUACAUACAAACCGGAUCCUGCCUAUGACAAACUGGAGCACGACAUCCAUAUUUGGAUUGGAGAAGAAAGCAGCCAGGACGAGUAUGGAACAAGUGCGUACAAAAUGGUGGAACUCGAUGAUUCUCUAGGAGGAGCUGCGAUUCAGCACCGUGAAACCCAAGGCAACGAAAGCGAACUAUUCUUGGGCUACUUUGGUCACAUCACCUACUGGGAAGGAGGAAUCGAAAGUGGAUUUCGUCACGUUGAACCCACAGAAGAGGAACCGCAAUUGUUCCACAUUAAAGGGUCUUUGAAAUCGAAUACUCUUCGCCUGAUACAGGUCCCGCUGCGAAGAGACUAUAUCAACUCCGGCGAUGUGUUUAUCUUAUCGGCUGGCGACGAUGGAGUUUGGAUGUGGGUCGGAAAGCAAGCAAACAAGGAUGAGAAAACAAAAGGAAACCAAGUCGCUGAAGUUCUUUGCUCAAAAGGUAGUGUAGAAGUACUGGAUGAGGGUAUGAACGAUGGCCCCGAAGAAGCAGAGGCUUUUUGGAAGCACAUUCAAACCAAAGUCAGCGUUCUAGGGCCAAUCAAACGCACUGUGAAUAUUCAGAGUGCAGACAACAAAGACGACAAAGGGAAAGCAUUUGUCCCUGUUCUUUACAAAGCACCUGAUACUCUCGGUGAAACAUUUGACAGAAUUGGUCGGGCACAACCUACAGCAACUGGUCCAACCAAUAUGAAACUUCCCAAGUUGAAACAGUCGUAUCUUCAGGAAGAUGAAGUACUGCUACUGGAUACAGGCUUUCAUGUUUAUAUUUGGGUAGGAACAAAGGCAAAUCCAAGCAUGAAAUCGCUUGCGGUACAUCAUGCGGAUAGCUAUUUCAAAUCCAUGAAGCGGCCAAUGCUCCCAGUGAGCAUUGUCAAGCAAGGUGUGGAAUCGGCUCAGUUUUCAGAUUUCUUUGCCGACAAUGCCGGUGGAUGCUGUAUGGUAAUGUAG